CGCCGCCGCCGCCGCCGGGAGCCCGGGCCGCGCACAGCCGGCCCCGCCGCCUCACAGCUCGGCCCCGCCAGGCGAGCGGCCAUGGCGGGCUGGAUUCAGGCCCAGCAGCUGCAGGGAGACGCGCUGCGCCAGAUGCAGGUGCUCUAUGGCCAGCACUUCCCCAUCGAGGUCCGGCACUACCUGGCACAGUGGAUCGAGAGCCAGCCGUGGGAUGCCAUCGACCUGGACAGUCCCCAGGACCGAGCCCAGGCCGCCCAGCUCCUGGAGGGCCUGGUGCAAGAGCUGCAGAAGAAGGCGGAGCAUCAGGUGGGGGAAGAUGGGUUUUUACUGAAGAUCAAGCUGGGCCACUACGCCACCCAGCUCCAGAACACGUACGACCGCUGCCCCAUGGAGCUGGUGCGCUGCAUCCGGCACAUUCUGUACAAUGAACAGAGGCUGGUCCGGGAAGCCAACAAUGGCGCCUCUCCCGCUGGGACCCUGGCCGACGCCAUGUCCCAGAAGCACCUUCAGAUCAACCAGACGUUCGAGGAGCUGCGGCUGGUCACGCAGGACACGGAGAACGAGCUGAAGAAGCUGCAGCAGACUCAGGAGUACUUCAUCAUCCAGUACCAGGAGAGCCUGAGGAUCCAAGCUCAGUUUGCCCAGCUGGCCCAGCUGAACCCCCAGGAGCGGCUGAGCAGGGAGACGACCCUGCAGCAGAAGCAGGUGUCCCUGGAGGCCUGGCUGCAGCGCGAGGCCCAGACACUGCAGCAGUACCGCGUGGAGCUGGCCGAGAAGCACCAGAAGACCCUGCAGCUGCUGCGGAAGCAGCAGACGAUCAUCCUGGACGACGAGCUGAUCCAGUGGAAGCGGCGGCAGCAGCUGGCCGGCAACGGAGGGCCCCCCGAGGGCAGCCUGGACGUGCUGCAGUCCUGGUGUGAGAAGUUGGCUGAGAUCAUCUGGCAGAACCGGCAGCAAAUCCGCAGAGCCGAGCACCUCUGCCAGCAGCUGCCCAUCCCCGGCCCCGUGGAGGAGAUGCUGGCCGAGGUCAACGCCACCAUCACGGACAUCAUCUCCGCCCUGGUGACCAGCACAUUCAUCAUCGAGAAGCAGCCCCCGCAGGUCCUGAAGACCCAGACCAAGUUCGCAGCCACCGUGCGCCUGCUGGUGGGCGGGAAGCUGAACGUGCACAUGAACCCCCCCCAGGUGAAGGCCACCAUCAUCAGUGAGCAGCAGGCCAAGUCCCUGCUCAAGAAUGAGAACACCCGCAAUGAGUGCAGCGGUGAGAUCCUGAACAAUUGUUGCGUCAUGGAAUAUCACCAAGCCACCGGCACCCUCAGCGCCCACUUCAGGAACAUGUCACUGAAGAGGAUCAAGCGUGCGGACCGCCGGGGCGCGGAGUCUGUGACAGAGGAGAAGUUCACAGUCCUCUUCGAGUCGCAGUUCAGCGUUGGCAGCAAUGAGCUUGUGUUCCAGGUGAAGACGCUGUCCCUCCCUGUGGUUGUCAUUGUCCACGGCAGCCAGGACCACAACGCCACGGCCACCGUGCUGUGGGACAACGCCUUUGCUGAGCCGGGCAGAGUGCCAUUCGCCGUGCCUGACAAAGUGCUGUGGCCGCAGCUGUGUGAAGCGCUCAACAUGAAAUUCAAGGCCGAGGUGCAGAGCAACCGGGGCCUGACCAAGGAGAACCUGGUGUUCCUGGCGCAGAAGCUGUUCAACAGCAGCAGCGGCCACCUGGAGGACUACAGCAGCAUGGCCGUGUCCUGGUCCCAGUUCAACAGGGAGAACCUGCCCGGCUGGAACUACACCUUCUGGCAGUGGUUCGAUGGGGUGAUGGAGGUGCUGAAGAAGCAUCACAAGCCCCACUGGAACGACGGGGCCAUCCUCGGUUUUGUGAACAAGCAACAGGCCCACGACCUGCUCAUCAACAAGCCCGAUGGCACCUUCCUGCUGCGCUUCAGUGACUCAGAAAUCGGCGGCAUCACCAUUGCCUGGAAGUUUGACUCCCCCGACCGCAACCUGUGGAACCUGAAGCCGUUCACCACGCGGGAUUUCUCCAUUCGGUCCCUGGCCGACCGCCUGGGAGACCUGAGCUAUCUCAUCUAUGUCUUUCCGGACCGCCCCAAGGACGAGGUCUUCUCCAAGUACUACACUCCUGUGCUCGCUAAGGCGGUGGACGGGUACGUGAAGCCGCAGAUCAAGCAAGUGGUCCCUGAGUUUGCCAACGCGUCUGGAGAGGGGGGGGCCAGCGCCACCUAUGUGGACCAGGCCCCCUCCCCGGCUGUGUGUCCCCAGACGCACUACAACAUGUACCCACAGAACCCGGACCCCGUCCUGGACCAGGAAGGAGAGUUCGACUUGGACGAGACCAUGGAUGUGGCCCGGCACGUGGAGGAGCUCCUGCGCCGCCCCAUGGACGGCCUCAGCCCGCGCCUGUCCCCGCCCGCCACGCUCUUCACGGCUGCCAGGAGCUCCCUCUCCUGAAUGUGUGCAUCUCAGGCGGAAGGGUUUGCGUUCCUUGGACUUCAGUCUCGCUGUGCCUGGUGAUGCCUCUGCAGGCAUCAUGUGGACAUGUGUGCGUGCCUGUGUGUGUGUGAGUGCAUGCGUGCGGUGGGCGGGCCUGCCUCGCCCUGGCGGUCCUGACUCUGUUCUUCACAUUGAGAUGUCUGAGAACCCCCGGGUCUGGUGGAGGAGACCGAGCCUCCGUCUUUGCAGGUGCACAGCGCUGGCAAACCUGUCCCCCCCAGUCCUCCUUGGUCCACUCGGCGGCAUUUCAGCAAAUGGAAUGACUCAAGGGCUAGGGUGACAGCAGCUGCAAGCUGGCUCUCCUCCCCAGCGAGCAGCUCUGUGCUCUCCAGCGUGUGCGUGCGUGCUUCUGGCCACGGCACAUGCGGUGGCCUGAUUCUCUCCCCUCGGAGGGGGAUUGGGGCUUGGUUUUGAGUGACUGUGUAUACGUUCAUGAACGUGCCGCCUGCAGGCUUUCUAUCUAGCCGCUGGGGCUCGUCUGGGCCGUGCCAGAUGGAGUUCUGAGUACAGCUGGAUUCACUGGAGUCAGGGCCGCGUCCUUGAGCUGGAGCGCGUGGGCUUCGAGUCUGUGAUGCUGUUGCCCACUGCCCACCCAGACGCCUUCGUCCUCCGACCUUGCCCCCUCCACCCAGCCCCAGCCUCUUUUCCUGUUUGCACCCUUGCUUGUAGGAGGGGAGGGGGCAGGCCCCUGCCACGUGUGCGGGAACCCAGAGUGGGGCAAGCUGAGGCUGGGUGGGCUCUGCAGGGAGUGGCCUCACGUUGUCGCCUAACAGGCUGGGGCCUUGCGCCUUCCCUGCGAGGCCUGGGACGCCGAAGCUGGGGAGUUCAAACCCUCUGAAGGGAGGUGGGGACGAGAAGAGGGGUUCUUUUGUACUUUGUACAUAGACCACGCACUUGUGUCAACUGUUUUUGAAUAA